GUCAACAAAAAUUGAUAAGACAGUACCGCAAUUACCAGGAUUUUUGCGAGAAUUUUCUUAUGGGUGACGCCCUCCAAAUUAAGUCCAUAUUAAGAUAAAAAUAAAAAGAUAAGUAAAAAGUAUUAUAUUUCAGUCUUUGCAAAAAGGGUAAACCAACAGUCCACUCGAUACGAUAUAACACCUCAUUCCGUGGCAAUAACUGACAGUGUAGGAUUAGCCAAAAUUACAUUCACAUAUGGGUCGAAAAUAUAACCGGAAAAUUAUCCUCAAAGGAAAAAUAAUUUGUGAUCAGUGGUGCAAGGACAAUGUUACCACGUGUUACUCAGAUUCCAAAGUCUCUUACCGGUAUUACCUCGCUUCUCUGAAUCAACAGAACUAAUCAGUACAUUAACGAAAAUAUUUGGCUUUCCAAUUUGCAAAAAAAAAUGAAAUUCCUAACAACAAUUAUGGUGUUGAGCACUCUCAGUGCAAUGUCCACAGUGUUUUCGCAAAAAAUCGGUCAUUUUAAUUAUUUCAAAAUACUGAUCAAAGAGGUUUAUGUUAAAUAUAAACUUGCUGAGGUCCUUAUUGCACCAGAAAGGGAUCAGCCAUGUAAGGCAAACCAAGAUAAGAAAAUAUUUGGUAUCUGAUUUUUUUUUAUUAAUCAUAGGAAUGAUAUCUAAUUUUUUACAACCGAUGUACUUCGAGUGAUUUUCUAUUGAUACAGAGAUUAAUCAUUAUACAGUUAAAAACUUCUUCGAAUUUAAUUUACAGCAUUUGAAUCCAUGACAAUGUGGUACGAGACAGCCAGGAUACUAUUCAAUGAAGGACUGACAACACAUUUUCUCACCUUCAGACAAUUGAAAAACAGAUUCACUGUUUAUAAAAAAAAAAACAAUCGCCAGCUCAUUGUAAUUUUUUUGGAAACAAUUGAUGGAUUGCGUAACUUCGAAGCAAUCACCAGAGGCAUAAACAUGCAGUUUUCCGUUUGGCUGAUAUUCUUCAGUGGAGGUGUCACCCAGGAUGUCUGCGAUAUUUGCCGUCAUCCACCCGGAAAUUUAUUGAAUCUUAGCUUCAACUCUAAAGUACUCGUUUUAUGCUGUAAUUCAAAGGUUAUUCAAGAAUGGUGGUCUAUUAAAAAUGACCGCACAUGGACUCAAGACAUUGGCCGAUUGAUUACUAAUGAUCAAAAAAUUGAUUGGGCCUCCGACCCAUCGAUUCAUCGUUACAGGAAAUCGCUGCACGGUCGAGAAUUACGAAUUACUGCAGUUUCGGACACGGUACUAUGCACACUAGUGGAUGGAUGAUACCAUGGAUAUGUCGGUGAAAUCCUGGCUGAACUAUCUCGACUAAUGAAUUUUACGUUGGGUCCGCCAAUCUGGGACAAGGCCUAUGGACGCUGGGAUGAUAAACUCUUACAUUGGGAUGGGGUCAUGGGCCGAGUCUUUCGAAAAGAAGUUGAUAUUGGGCUUCCCGACUUCCUUAUGAAUAGUGCACGAUUCAAUGCAGUUGAUUUCACGUAUCCCGUUUUUAAUGUAGCUUUGCAAGUACACCUGAGGAAACUUGAAACUGCUCGUGUAGCCUGGAACGCAUAUUUCAAGGUAUUGGCACUGGACGUGUGGGUGGUAAUUAUUGGGUUCAUUGUUAUAACGCCCAUUCUUAUAACUCUCAUUGAGGUGAAUAGAAAGAAAUGCCCUCUACUUCCUCUCCUGUCAGACAACUAUUUACAGGUUUGGGCUAUGUUUUGCCGCAACGAUCUGGGAGGGUCAUGCACUGGAUCACCAGUGAAAAUAAUUUAUCUUUCACUAUCUCUGCUGGCGCUUAUCAUUUAUACGGCGUUUACUGCAUUGAUGACCAGCACUCUAGCUGUGGUUUCAACAUUUUCACCAUUCACCACGCUUGAAGAAUUCGCUGAAGACGGCUCCUAUAAAUUGAUCGUGCUGAACAAUUCUCUAUUUUAUAGCAUGUUCAAGACCUCCAAUGACACGUUUUUGAAAAAAAUGAUGACUCUUAUGAAACCACCACAUCUACUCCCUCAAACUCAACAAGAAGGUUUUGAACAGGUAUGCAGUAAUCGAGUAGGAUUUUAUGCCAGUGACAUAACAAGAAAGUUCUAUAAUCACCUGAUACCUUGCGAAAUUGCGUCCAUAGGACCGAGAGUACUGAUGCCCUCGAUGAUGAUCGUUCCAAAGGGCAGCGAAUUCAAGGAACUUAUCAAUUAUUACCUUCAAAAGUUGAAAACAAAUGGCAUGAUGCAACGUCUCGAGGAAAAAUACUCUACCCAGCCACAGGAAAAUGAAGAGCGUUUCGUACCGGUGCCUCUACAGCAAGUUUCUCUGAUUAUGCUUAUUUUGAUUAUUGGAGUUUUUGGGGCCUUAAUAAUCUUCAGCUUGGAAAGAUUUAUUUACUCACUCGUAAACAAAGCACAUAGUAGUAAAAAGAAUAUACACCAAAGAGCGUAUUUCAAGUUCUGGCGUCCAAGUAAAUAGUAGUUACAGAUGCAAAAUGACGAAAUGAUCGGGAAAUUUCUAACGGGAACUUUGAAAAAAAACUUCCAUUCGGAGGCAAAACGUACCAGUUUGAGUUGUAAAAUUAAAACAUGUGCUCUGCAAUAAUAUUAACUAUCCUACACAGGGAUAAACAAUAGCAACAACUCAUGCUUUGCAUUGCAAAAAUUUGCCCUUCGAAUUUGGUGUAAAUUUACCGAUUUCAAUUGUGAAGAAAUGACUCUCAUAUUAAUGGUCUUACAAAUGAAUCUAUAGUGAUAGAAAUUAAAGAUACAAAAUUGCAAGUCCAAAUGCAUUUCGAUUUUUUUAGUUUAAAUCAUUUUUCGUGUGGCAGCUUUUUGGUGUUUACGAUCGUGUCGUUUUUGACAUGCUAUAUUUUUGCAUUUGGUGGAUCGAUAUGGGCACUAUUUCCGAAAAUUGCAAGGCCACAAUAUGCAGGAAGUAUUGAUAGAGUCCAGAAUUACGAAAGUACUGAUAGAGUGAUAUAGAUAACAACCAUUAGGGGCCUUGUAGAAAUAUAAAGGCACCGUAUUGUAUUGUUUAUUAUGAUGGUUUUACUCCGUUAUAUUAUAUGAAAGUGAGCAAAUUAUUAUCCAUAGAAUGCAAACAAUUUUGUUAUGUAGCGACACCGGGUAUUCGUAGUAUACAGCGUUCCUGAGGAAGCAUAACAGAGGUGUGCUCCAUUGUUAGACGUUCACCUGUUUCAAGUUACAGUUGAAUUCUUCGAUAAAGCAAUAUGAAGUACUGUAUUGUAUUGACACUGUAUUUCACUGCUAUGCACGCGUCUCUUUUAACGAAUGGCAAUAAAAAGAUUAAUUAUUACGGAUCUGUAAUUGAUAGCUCUUAUCGCAGAUAUAAUCCCUCUGGGGUCAUCAUUAUAUCGGCGAAAAAGGCCUAUUCUUUUGAAAGCUUCACGUUCUGGCAUGCCAUUUCCAUAGAAAUGUCUAACAGAGGAAUAGCAACAACAAUUACCGAUUACCAAUCAUUCAGCGACAAAUUCACAAUCCAUGCUGCACACCCUCUUCCUCCACUCGUAGCAGUUGUUCUUGGCAGUAUGGAAGAUGUAUACAUUUUCAGCAAACUGGCAAUGAAUUUGAAUAUGAGCAAAGCUAAAUGGGUGUUACUAUUCUCCAACGAUAGCGAUGAGAAUCCUUGUAGCUUCUGUCGCAAUCCAGUGGGCAAUUUAUUCAAUUUAAAAUUCAAUUCCGAAAUGAUAAUUGCGUGUUGUGACUCAACCAUUAUCGAAGAGUGGUGGUCGAUUGACAAUAAUCACACAAGCGUAGGGCAACUGGGCCGGUGGAUUGAUGAAAACCGUGGGAUUGAUUGGUCGUCCAACGAAGCUCUAGUUCAACGGAGAACAUCUAUGGGUGGUCGGACGUUUCGUAUAGUCAUCGCCAAGGAUUCGGCGCAGAUUUGGGAGGAAGAUGGUCAUGUGCGUGGACCUAUCGGAAAACUUCUAAAUGCACUGUCUGAAUCAUUGAACUUUACCAUAUCAUCAAUCAUAAAGGAAGAUAGUGCCGGUUUUCGGGAUCCAGAUAAUUCAGAAUGGACCGGUCCUUUUCGGAGACUUAUCCGUGGGGAAGUUGAUAUGAUUGUAUCACGAUGUAUCAUAACGUCUAAGCGACAAAAAGUCAUGGAUUUUACGCUGCCUAUUUACGACGAAGAUUCGCAAAUAUACAUCAAGCAACCAAAUGCAACUGUUAUCCUCUGGAAUGCUUACUUUCAGGCCUUUCAUGAGGAGAUAUGGGCCGUUAUCAUAGGUACCAUUGUAACAAUACCCCUUCUUUCAACCUUGAUCAUGUACAGGAAACGAUUGCCCUUCUUUCCAUUGAUUUUUGAGAAUUAUACAUCUGUAUGGAGGAUUUACUGCCAGCAAGGAUUGUCAGUAUUUCCUACUGAGACGUCUUCGAGGAUACUGUACACAUCAACAUUGGUGACAGCGCUAGUUGUGAGCAUAACAUACUCUGCAUCUCUUACUAGCUUCCUCACUGUGUCCACACCGCAGUUACCAUUUAACACCAUCACAGGAUUCGCUGAAGAUGGCACUUAUGGAUUAAUCACGAUAAGGGAUAGUUUAGAUUACACAAUGUUCAAGCUUUCUAACGACCCAGUCUUACGAAAAAUGUGGCCCCUGAUGAUGCCUGAAGAAUCACUCCCUCAAAAUAAAGAACAAGCAUUCCACCAGGUCUGUUCGGAACAAGUUGGAUUCUAUCUAAGUGCCACAUAUACGACAAACUAUCUGGACGAUAAUUUUCCUUGUAAAAUCACCAUGAUUGUGGCUGGUUACAUACAAAUUUCAGGGAUUGUCAUGCCGUUAGUAUUCAGCGAUAUGCAGAGAGAGGACUGCUCAGCCUAUGGAUGAAACAAUAUAAUACGGAAGGUCCACCUGAACCCCUUCAUGGGUCUGUACAGCUAGAAAGCGUCAUAUCACUCUUCGUUGCGCUAUCUGGGGCAUUCAUCAUAGCCCUCAUUAUUUUUCUGAUUGAGCAAGUUCUUCAUCGUCAGAGA